UCCUCGUCCGCCGCUCGCCCGCCACAGCCGCGCCUCGCGGGAGCUUGCCGCCGGAGCUUCUGGUCCGCAGAAGCCAUCCAGACCGUAGGUCCACCCUGGUCUCCACCACCAAUGGCCCGGCGCCUCCUCGCACUGGUAGUGCAGCUGUUUGGCAUCGGAGCUCCGCCAUCCGGCGCCGGCGACCGCCAUCGUCCCGUGUAUCUGCGCCCUACGAAAUGGAAGCCUGCGUCUCCACCGCCGGGGCUCUGGUCGCUCAUCAAGCGCUCCGUCAAGUCCAAGAGAACCGGUUCAGAGAAAUGCGAACACUUGUUGGGGUUCUAAGGAGGAUGACCCAAAAUGGGAGCAAGACAGACACCAUGGUCUACAAAAUAAGGGUGAACCCCUUGCUGUCUGCUAUAGUGCUAUGCUUUCAGAAAGGCCUAUGCAAUCGGGGAGAUUCCUCCAGAUUUUUGCAUGAUGAGCAGAUAGCAGUAAAGGGCUGCGGUGUCUACUAUGCUUUCCAGAAAGGGGCUUCCAGAACUACUUGAUUGUGAAGCAAGUCACUAGGUACUGCGAAGGUGAUGAAACCAUGAUAUGGAGUCAAAGAGGAGCAGCUUGUCACCACUGACUGUCAGCUUCGAAAGGAGAGAAAAAGUGAUUUAAUGGUAAAAAAAAACUUGUCAAUGUUGUCUAUAUGUGUAUAAAAAUCCUUAAGGUAUAUGUUAAACACAAUUGAUGUUCGACCACUAGAAUAUAUAUGUUGUCUAAUUAUGUAA